AUGGUUAUGCGAAUGCGACUAGCUACGUCUUUGCUUUUGGUGCUUACUAUCGUGGCAUCACCGAUCGUAUCGCAACACCAAAGCUUUGAUCCUCUUCCUGCAACAUGCUCAGCUUCAACUCUAGAACAAUUAGAACCGGUAUCGAUGUCGAAGCAAGAACGAUAUUUGUAUCAACAAAUGCUCCCUCAACCGACCGGUGAUGAUCCUUUUGAUGCAAAGAGUGAGCAGCCAGGAGUUCGCGGCGAGCUUCGUGCACCGUUUCAUAUUCCGUGCCAACUUGCUUCGUUCUCUCACCUUCAAGAGUUUGCAGAUAAUAUUCAGCAACAUCAACUUCGUGAUUUUGAGGUAAAGGAAUUUGCACAGCCACCUCAUUUGAUUUUCUUCGACGAGAAUCAUGACAUUGUGCAAACCAUUGUGAUCUCUCCUUCGUGGACAGAAUUCGAGCUUCGAGACCUUGUACUGGCUAAUCUUAAUUUUUAA